GGAACUUACCACGUGGGAAGGAUUUAGCUGUGUCGAUGAGGUAAACAACCGCAGUGUAGCUUGGCUGUAUUUAUCCAUACAAUAUAUAUUUCCAUUUCAUUUUGAACAAGCCUUAAGUUUUUGCUUUGUAAAGCGGUUCUCUCUAGACCAUGCCCCACAACCCCGAUCAUCCUCCGGCGAAGAAAUUUAAGCCGGGGUCUCCUUUUUUCCGUCUCGACAAGAAGCCUGGGAUGCUGCUACCUAGAAAGGAAAAUGCAUCGGUACCAAUAGACGUGCAAAGGAAAAAUCUUCCCAUUUACCAGGCGAAGUCUCAACUCAUUAACCAGCUUAGACAGCUUCAUAAUGCUGUAUUGAUAGGUGAGACGGGUUCUGGGAAGACCACCCAGAUUCCUCAGUACCUGUAUGAAGCUGGCAUCGCGCGACAGGGCAUCGUCGCUGUGACACAGCCCCGCCGAGUGGCAGCUAUCUCCCUGGCAACGAGGGUAGCAGAGGAGAAGAGAACUCAGCUGGGGAAGCUGGUCGGCUACACGGUGCGAUUUGAGGAUGUCACCUCCUCGGAGACGAAGCUGAAGUUCAUGACAGAUGGUAUGCUCCUGCGUGAGGCCAUAGGAGACCCCUUAUUGCUACGCUACACUGUGGUGGUGCUGGAUGAGGCCCACGAGCGCACUGUGCACACCGACGUGCUUUUCGGAGUGGUGAAGGCUGCCCAGCGCAAACGCAGAGAACAGAACAAGGUCCCCCUCAAGGUGAUUGUGAUGUCAGCCACCAUGGAUGUGGACCUGUUCUCUCAGUACUUCAACAAGUCCCCUGUGCUGUACCUGGAGGGCAGGCAGCACCCCAUCCAGAUGUACUACACCAAGCAGCCCCAGUCGGACUACCUGCAGGCUGCACUGGUCUCAGUCUUCCAGAUCCAUCAGGAAGCCCCUGCGUCACAUGACAUCCUGGUGUUCAUGACAGGACAGGAGGAGAUAGAGGCGCUGGCUCGUACCUGCCGUGACAUCGCCAAGCACCUACCUGACAGCUGUGGUCCCAUGACUGUCAUCCCUCUGUACGCCUCCCUACCCCCUGCUCAGCAGCUCAGGGUCUUUCAGCCUGCCCCUAAGGGUUGUAGGAAGGUAAUCCUGUCAACCAACAUUGCAGAGACGUCGAUCACCAUCUCGGGGAUCAAAUACGUCAUUGACACAGGCAUGGUGAAAGCAAAACGCUUCAACCCAGAGAGCGGUCUGGAGGUGUUGGCAGUACAGCGGGUAUCUAAAGCCCAGGCGUGGCAGAGGGCGGGCAGGGCUGGCAGAGAGGACGCCGGCUCUGUCUACCGUCUCUACACCGAGGAUGAGUUUGACAACCUCAUCCCCAUGACUGUGCCUGAGAUACAAAGGUGUAACCUGGCCAGUGUCAUGCUACAGCUUCUGGCUCUGGGGAUCCCUGACGUGAUGAACUUUGACUUCAUGUCUAAGCCUUCUCCUGAGGCGAUGCGUUCGGCUGUGGAGCAGCUGGAUCUGCUCGGGGCUGUAGGGAGGAAAGGUGAGCAGGUCACCCUCACUCCUUUGGGCAAGAAGAUGGCCAGCUUCCCCCUGGAGCCACGCUAUGCCAAGACCAUCUUGCUGUCACCAGACUUCCAGUGUUCCGAGGAGGUGCUGACCAUCGUGUCUCUGCUGUCAGUGGACUCGGUGCUCUACAACCCGCCCGCACGCCGAGAGGAGUGUCUCGCCGCACGCAAGAAGUUCACCACCAGCGAGGGAGAUCACUUGACCCUGCUCAACAUCUACAGAGCCUUCAAGAAAGUAAACGCCAACAAGGAGUGGUGUCGGGAGAACUUUGUCAACAGCAGGAACAUGAGCAUGGUUGGAGAGGUCCGUGCACAGCUCCGAGAGAUCUGCCUUAAGCUGAGCAUGAAGCUGGAGUCGUGUGGGUCGGACACGGGGAGUGUGCGUCGCUGCCUGGCCCACGGUCUGUUUGUGAACGCUGCAGAGCUACAGCCAGAUGGCAGCUACACGGCCCUGGAUACCCACCAGCCUGUUGCCAUCCACCCAUCCUCUGUCCUCUUCCAGGCCAAGCCUGCUUACGUGGUCUUCAACGAGCUCCUGCACACCUCAAAGUGCUACAUGAGGGACCUGUGUCUGGUGGAUGCUGAUUGGCUGGUCGAGGCCGCGCCUGAGUACUUCCGCCGGAAGUUACGCCCCACCAAGAGCUAGCUUCUGAUUGGACAGAACUCGGGGGUGACAAGACACUACAGUGGAACCAAAGCUCCCUGAGCAGUGACGCACCUGCCCCACCUCUCCCUCAGUGUCAAUAGAAACUGGAUGGAGGCAUGAUGGGAUGAACAUCUUUCUACUCUUUGCUGUUUGCUGAAUCGCUCGUUUUUGUUUACACAAAGCGUAGAAAGAUUCUUCAGCACUGUGCGUGUGUGUGUGUGUGUGUGCCAGUCGAAGACAGAACAUUUAGCAUUUGGUCUGACAGUUUGGCAGCGUUCAGACAAGCAGCCCAAUUCUAAACUUUUUUUUUUUUACUUAUUGAUAUUUUGAAUAAUCAGAUCAGCUCUGAAACAUAUUUGAUGUGAUUGGUUAAAAGACCAAUUAGUGGGGGUCAGAAUUGGGCUGCCUGUCUAAAUUCAGCCAAGUAGAGGGAGGUCUGAGUGAGGGUUCUUCUUCCUAGUCAUGGGAAAGUGGCCAUGUUAUAUUACAGCAGACGUCUGCUGAACCAUAGGAGAGAGAGAUUCCCCUGGCCUAGAACGGAGGUUACGAACUAAUGUUCCCGUUACUAUGGUUACGCACCGACCUUCUCGUUCUUCAUUCUACUCUCCUCUACCUGUUGGCUAAUCAUUGCCUGUUGCCACAUAUUUGCUUCACAACCAGAAAAGAGGUUUCAUCAUGAUUUGAGUUCAAACACUGAUUCUAAAUAUCUGCAUGUUUCUUAGCAACAUAGAUUUAACCCACAGAAGUGGGAUGGCAUGGUUAUUCCUUCAAACAAAUAUAUUCAACAACUGACUUGAAUAGGCUGUUCAUAUUUAAAUUCUGGCCCCUGGUCUAACUUAUUGGCUGUUCAUAUUUAAAUUCUGGCCCCUGGUCUAACUUAUUGGCUGUUC